CCCCUCCCGGUAAGGAGAGUUUUGUAACAGGGUCACGUUGCGCUGCGGCACUGAACGAACAGACCUCCGAACAGCAGCAGUCCACCGUCUACUCUCCUCUACACCGAAGACAACACCUGCCCAUAACCUAUUUAACUAGAUAACUACAAUAUUAUCAGGAUGCCUCACCAGUACCCAGCUCUGACCACAGAGCAGAAGAAGGAGCUGCAGGAGAUAGCAGAGAGGAUCACGGCUCCGGGGAAAGGAAUCCUGGCUGCAGAUGAGUCCACCGGCAGCAUGGGUAAGCGUCUCAACCCCAUCGGUGUAGAGAACACAGAGGAGAACCGUCGUCUGUAUCGCCAGCUGCUGUUCACGGCUGAUGAGAGAAUGGAUGCUUGUAUUGGUGGAGUGAUCUUCUUCCACGAGACUCUCUACCAGAACGCUGAUGACGGGACCAACUUCUCCCAGCUCAUCAAGGACAGGGGGAUUGUAGUGGGCAUCAAGGUGGAUAAAGGUGUUGUCCCACUGGCUGGAACCGAUGGAGAGACCACAACCCAGGGUCUGGAUGGCCUGGCAGAGCGUUGUGCUCAGUAUAAGAAGGAUGGAGCAGACUUCGCUAAGUGGCGUAGCGUCCUGAAGAUCAGCGACAACACCCCCUCAGAACUCGCCAUCAUGGAGAACGCCAACGUACUGGCACGCUACGCCAGCAUCUGUCAACAGAACGGCAUCGUUCCCAUCGUGGAGCCUGAGAUCCUUCCUGACGGAGACCAUGACCUGAAACGUUGUCAGUACAUCACUGAGAAGGUUCUGUCUGCGGUGUACAAGGCCCUAUCAGACCACCACGUCUAUCUGGAGGGGACCCUGCUGAAGCCCAACAUGGUGACUCCCGGACACUCCUGCCCCCAAAAAUACACUAACGAGGAGAUCGCCAUGGCUACGGUCACUGCCCUCCGCCGCACCGUACCCCCUGCCGUCACAGGUGUGACGUUCCUGUCAGGGGGCCAGUCAGAGGAGGAGGCCAGUAUUAACCUGAAUGCUAUCAACACCUGUCCUCUGGGUAAACCCUGGGCCUUGACCUUCUCCUAUGGUCGUGCCCUGCAGGCCUCAGCACUCAAUGCCUGGAGAGGAGAGAGAGACAACGAGAAGGCUGCUGCCGAGGAGUUCCUUAAACGGGCUGAGGUGAACGGUCUGGCUGCCCAGGGGAAGUAUGAGUCAACAGGAGACAGCGGAGCGGCGGGACAGUCUCUCUACGUGGCCAAUCACGCGUACUGAACACCCCAGGCCACGCCUACAUCACAACCCACCGCUGCAGCCCCUCCCCUCACCCACCAACCACAGACCUGCGUUGUCUACCGUAUUUUAGAAACAGCAUUGUUGUCGUGGCAACAUAACGAUGUGGUUAAUAUGAGUAUUAAUUAGUAUGGGGAGUUGAUGAUGAAGAGGAUGCUGAAGGGAGAGAGGGCGGUAUCAUGAAGAAGCUUUAUUAAGUCCCAAAUGGAGUCCUAUUCCCUAUAUAGACCUGGUCUAAAGUAGUGCACUAUAUAGGGAAUAGGGUGUACAGACCUGGUCUAAAGUAGUGCACUAUAUAGGGAAUAGGGUGUACAGACCUGGUCUAAAGUAGUGCACUAUAUAGGGAAUAGGGUGUACUGACCUGGUCUAAAGUAGUGCACUAUAUAGUGAAUAGGGUGCCAUAGGGCUAUGGUCUAAAGUAGUGACCAACCAGAGAGAGGAUAACAUCAGAUAGGGACCAAUCAGAUACUAGAUUGCAUAAAACAGUGACCAACCAGAGAGAAGAUAACAUCAGAUAGGGACCAAUCAGAUACUAGAUUACAUCAAACAGUGACCAACCAGAGAGAAGAUAACAUCAGAUAGGGACCAAUCAGAUACUAGAUUACAUCAAACAGUGACCAACCAGAGAGAAGAUAACAUCAGAUAGAGACCAAUCAGAUACUAGAUUACAUCUGACAGACACCAGGGUGUGACGUGUUGAGUUCCAGUUAGGAAUGAGUAAGAAGAGAGGGAUGAGAGAG